AUGGCGGCUGCAAGCGACGCUGAUCACAGCACACCGCCUCUCAAGCCUGUCUGGAGCUCCAAAGUUGGUGAGCAACAACUAGGAGCAUCCGGUACAGAAGAUGCUCAGGGAACCCCACAUUCUUCGGACAUUGGCAAAGCCAAGUUAGACUCUGCUGUCUUAGGGGGCAACACAUCACCCCCAACCAAAAUUGCUAGAUCUGACUUCAAAUUUAUGGCCCCGGCAGCCAUAUCACAAAGUUUAUUGAGCAAUAAUGAAAAAACUAGCCCCAAGUACAAUUGCCAGUAA